UUGAGGCCCAUACUGUCGAGCCCAGCGUACGUAAUCCGCGAGACGGCGGAGACAGGUGGACGACUUCUGAAGAAACAUCGAUGGACGCGGUGGCUGUUCGGUAGGCACAACGCCAGUCCAGGAUAUCGUAUUAUCACACCCAACAACCAACCGGAGCCGCCUCCCAGGUACAAACAUCCAAAUCGCAAACAUGCGGACAAUAGGAUCAGCACCACCAAAUACAGUUUACUAACAUUUUUACCGAGGAAUUUAUUAGAGCAACUACAUCGAGCAGCCAAUCUGUAUUUUAUAUUUAUUGUUGUAUUAAAUAUGAUCAUUGGAGCGUUUGGGAAGUACAUAUCACUACUACCCAUAUCAUUUGUCCUCGGGCUUACAGCUAUUAAGGAUGCUUUCGAGGAUUAUCGACGUUAUAAAUCUGAUCAAAAAGUCAAUCACUCAACAUGUAGGGUUUGGGAUUCAGGCCAGGGAAGGUGUUGCAGAUUUAGUCUAUGUUACAUCGAUACCUGUAACUUGGACGGUGAAAGCAACCUCAAGCAACGACAGGCUAUUCGUGCAAUGAGCAAAUUCCACAAUUCUACCGUACCUCUGAACUUUUCUCCGGAUCAAUUUAUGUACAAAGUGGGCCUUAAAGAGCAAUUAUUUUUCUUCUAA